AAUUAGUGAUUGAUUACUUCCGAAAUUCGCAAUAAAAAUGUCGCCAUUAACAUCGCCAAAAUUAUUGCGGACAAAAUUUUUUCUUUCAUCAACAUCAUCAACAUCAUCAUCAUCAUCAACAGCAUCAACAUCCACAAAUAAUGAUGAUGAUAAAUCAGUGACCAGCAAUAAUAGUACGACAACAACAAAAUCAAAAACAUCCGACACAAGUUUGGACAUUGACUCACAAACCAAUGUUUGUCUUGCAUGGCGAAAUCUUCGAUUCGAAGUAAAACGAAGACGUUUUUUUCUGCCUACAAAACAAUCCAACAAAGUUAUAUUACGUCGGCUAAAUGGAACACUUGAAUAUCAUCACCUCACUGGAUUUAUGGGACCAUCCGGUGCUGGUAAAACUACAUUGCUUAAUUGUCUCAAUGGUAAUGUUCGUGAUUCGGGUCUGACACGAGAUUCCGAAAUUUAUCUGAAUAAAUUCGAACGACAAGCCCCUAAGAUUGGAUUCAUUGAACAGCAUGUAAAUGAAACAAUCAUCGGUCGUUUGACCGUGCGUGAAAUACUUCGUCAUGCAUUCCUUUUUAAAAAUGGAUGGAAAUUUCGUUCAAGAGCUCAAAUACAUAUCGAUUCGAUAACCGACGAAUUAAUGCUGGAUCGAUCCGUAUUGGAUCGACCUUUCGAACAAUGUUCAGGUGGUGAACAAAAACGUGUAGCUGUUGCACAAGAACUUAUGUCAUUGGCACCACCAUCGUUAUUGUUUGUCGAUGAACCGACUACAGGCCUUGAUUCGAAUGCUGCUUUUCUGGUCAUGCGAUGUCUUAGAAAAUUAGCCAAUCGUUAUCGAAUGACUGUUGCUGUGUCUAUACAUACACCAAAUGCGGAAAUUGUCGAAAUGUUUGAUAAAUUAUAUAUAUUAGCACGUGGAGGUGUUUGCAUCUAUUCAGGCACGCCGGCCUUGUUACAAGAAAAUCUACAACAACAAUUAAAUCCAUCGCCAGAUAUCAACCUUAGUGAAAAUGAUCAAUCAAGCCGUGUGAACAUGGAGGGAAAAGAUGAUAAUCAUCAUGAAAGACCACCAAUUGAGCAAUAUCUAAAAAUCGCUUGUAAUGGUCUGGAAUCAGAUUCCGUUCGUUUAUUAGCCGAUCGAACAUUAGAGAUGGAAAAUGAAAAAUUACUACCUCACAUAUCACGAUUAGAUUUCCUACCUUGGGGAACACCUCGUCGUUUAAAGCCAUUCACAAUCGGCGAUUUACUUCUACAAUUAUCACGACUCUUCCGGGUGGUAUUUAUUGUCAAUGGCCAUGUUUUUUUAUUGCAAAUUUUAAUGUACGUUUUAUCAUAUCUAUUUUUGACAUUCACAUAUGAUCCACAAAUGGUACGGCCAAGUGGUUGCUAUUCAGCAACGACGGAAAAUCAAACUUGUGGGCAAAAACUUAAUGAUGAUGCAUUAAUGGAAACAUAUGUUAGCUAUCAAUCUUUUUGUAUCAUGUACACCGGAUUCGGUAUGGUUGGAAUGGCGUCAGUAGUUUUUUCACCAUUGCUCAAAGUAUUUCGUAAUGAACAUCGUAAUCGAUGGUAUUCGCUUGGAACAUUUUUUUGGUCAUAUCUUUUUGUACGAUUCAUUGAAAUGAACGUGUUCACAUUAGUCACGAGCAUACUCGUGUAUUUUCCUAGCGGUCAUCAUACGGUCGAAUCUCUUACUAUGACUGAUACAGGAAUGUUUCAGCUGAAUUGGAAUCGUUUUGGCCAUUUUCUUGGUCUGUUUUGGCUCUACAAUGUCUAUAUGCAAAGCAUUGGACAAUUGGUUGCCGUAAUAUUUAUGGAUAAUGCCGAAUUAUCAUUGAUCGUAUCUUAUGUUUAUUACAUAAUACUUUGUCUGCUAAAUGGCUAUCUAAUUAACCUUGAGCAUAUGAACGAUCCAUUUGUAUUGAAGGCUGCACAAUUAUUAGCAUCAAAUGUAAUAUCAAAAGGUCUUCUUUGGUCAUUUUAUGGACUUGAUCGUUGUGACCAAGAGAAUUUUUUCUCUGUUAUCUUGUACAAAUAUUACGUCAAUCCAGAAACAGUAUAUUCAAAUUUAACGCAAGUUGCAUGGAAUACAUUGAUUUUACGGCUAGCAACUUUGGUCAUAAUGUUCAUAAGAUUCGAUUUUUCAUGGCAAUUACGUCCAAUGAUCUGUUCAAAACGUUCUAAAACUAAAAAAAUUGAUUAUCCAUCCUUGGAACCUUUAUCAGUUCCAUCGAAUGUGAAAAAAACACCACCGCUUCCACGACGCAUCAAACAAAAUUCGGAAUUAGAAUUUGAACAAUUUUCACGAGACAAAAUUAUCGUAGCUUGGCGAAAUCUUACAUUAUUCGGUUCAAGUUCAAUACAUGAAAUACGUUCCGUACAUCAAUCAAAUUCGAAAAUAAUUCUACGCAAUUUGAAUGGACAAUUUCGUUUCGGUACAAUGAAUGCGUUAAUGGGAACAUCGGGCUCGGGCAAAACAUCAUUGCUCAAAGUGCUGAAUGGACAAUUUAAAACACAGUUAAGUGUUGAAACAGAAAUUUAUUUAAGUCGAUUUACGCCGAUCAGAAUUUGUUAUCUAACACAAGAAGUUUCCGGACAUUUGUUGCCAGGAUUAACAGCCAAACAAAGUUUGAUUUAUGCAUCAAGAUUGAAAAAUUAUUCAAUGGGAGUACAUGAAGCGCUGAAAGUUGAUCAUGAACAAGUGGCAAUAAAUUUAUUAGACGAAUUGGAUCUUACAGAGACGGCCCAAACAAUGGUACAAAAUUGUUCCGGAGGUGAACGUAAACGUUUAGCAUUGGCAUUAGAAUUGACAUCAAUGUGGAUGCCUAAUCUGAUUUGCAUUGAUGAACCAACCAGCGGAUUAGAUUCAAAUUCGGCUGAAAUAGUAAUUGGUUGUUUGCGUGAAUUUGUACAUCGUCAUAACAUAACCAUUAUAGCAAGCAUACAUCAACCAAAUACCGAUCUAAUGAACAUGUUUGAUCAGAUAUAUGUGCUGGCCAAAGGUGGUGUUGGAAUCUAUUCGGGUCCACCAUCAAUGAUUCGACAACAUUUAUCACAAAUAACGACCGAUCAUGAUGAUAAUGAAGAAGAUUAUGAUGAAAAAGUUUCCACACCAACAACAAAAUCACCGGAUCAUACCUUAACUAAUUGCAAACAAUCGUUAAAUAUUGAUCAUCUUAAUGUUUCACCUUGCUGUACAUUGUCCAACAAUAGUACACUUAUAAAAUCACCAAAACUAUUGGCCGAAAUUUCAGCUGAUGAUCAAGAAUGUUCAUUUACCUACGAAGAUCGUUUAGAAUUAUUGCAGACCAAAAUCACUUACGAAAAACAAAUUGUCGAACUACAUGAAAAACUUGACCAGCAAAAAGACGAUGGUUCAGUACAGGUAUCGAAAAUGCAGGCUGAACAAAUUGAUCAUAUUCGAAAGGAAUACGACAUUCAAUGCCAAAAAUCUCAGGAUCAAUUAGAACAGCAGAAAAAUCGAUAUGAAACGAUCGUUGGACAAUUGGAAGAAGCAAUGGAACAAUUACGAAUGAGCAAUGCUAGCAUGAAGAAUCAAUACGAAACUAAUGCUUUGGCACAAAUCAACGAAUUAAAACAACGUCAUGAACAAUUGUCAAUAAAAUUAUAUGAAUCACAAGAUGAAAAUCAGAAACUCAAUGAUUGCAUUCUUGAAAUGGCUGAACAACGUGGUCAUCUAAGAGAAAAUAUGGAAUCGCUGAAAUCAAAUAUGAUUGAAUUAAAUAAUCGUCUUGUCGAAUCGGUUCAUGAGCGCGAAUCCCUUAAGAGUCGUCUGAAUGAUGUGUUAGCAGUAAAAUCUACUUUUGAAGGUGAAGAAAAAAUGCAGAAUUUGAUUUCCGAUCAUCUUGAAGAAUUGAAUAAAUUGAAAUUGCAAAAUGAUAAAACAAUUACCGAUCUUCAAAAUGAAAUCAAUAAUUUAAAUUUUACUAUCGAAUCGAAUCUUUUGAAUAUGAACAAUCUAAAUGACCAACUUGUUUUAAAAAAUGAAGAAUUAGAAAAAAAUCGUCAUGAACUAAGCAAACAAAACGAAAAAAUUUUUGAAAUCGAAACAAAGUUGAAACGAGUUGAAUGCGAAAAUGAAAAAUUAAAAUUGAAUGACCAACGAAUUGAAGAAUUCGAAACCAAAAUUAAUGAUCUUGAAUCCAAAUUGGCAGAAUUAAAGAUUGAAAAUGAUUCUUUAAAAAAAGAUAUUCAAGUCGGUUUGACCAGAGAAAAAAAAUAUGAUGUCAAAUUAAAUGAUUCGAAAUCCGAAAUUUCGAAACUUAUGAUUGUAAAUCAAGAACUUUCAAAUGCCAAAAUCGAAUUAGAGGAAGCACGAUCUUCUAUAGAAAAUCGUCUUUUCGACUGUGAAGAACAGAAUGUUUUAUUAGAAACAAAAUUGGAACAAAUCGAACAGCAAAUCAAACAAGAGCAAGAAGCAAAUGUCAAUAAACAGGUAGAAAUGGUUGAAAAAAUUACACGUCUUGAACAAAUAGUUUGCGAUAAAGAUGUUGAAUUGGAAUUUCUCAAAACAAAUAAUCACCGAGAAACACAAGAACUUCGUGGUAAAAUUGAACAAGCUGAAAUGGUUCAUUGUGAUUUACAAAAGUUGUAUGAUGAUUUUCAAGCCAAACAUUUAAAUUGUGAUCAUAUUUAUGAUGAAAAUCAACGAUUGCAUAAUGAAACCGAAAAGCUCCGCAAAGACAACAAAGAUCUUAAUGAAAAAUGGGAUCAAUUUCAACAUGAGUGGAUUGAAUCGCGAACAAAAUUAUUGGCUGAAAAGGACUGUCUGCAACAAUCAAAUGACACAAUGCGCAUAAAGAUCGUUGAAUUGACUGAUAUGGUGCGAGAAUCGACUACUAAAACCGCUGCUUUAGAAGCUGAAUUGAAAUCUGGUCAUGAACAAUUGCGAAAUAAAUUGAACGAGACAUCUCAACGUUUAGUUGAAACAGAACGGGUCAAAUCAGAACUGGAAUCGAAAAAUUCAAUAAUUUUGGAGAAAAACAAGAAAAUUGUAUCCGAAUUUGCUUCAACAGAAAAACGAUUCUGUGAAGAAAGAUCGCUCAUGGAGCAAAAAAUUUCUGCAUUGCAAAAACGUUUACGAAUGACUGAAGCCGAGCGAGAAUCUCUGGAUAAGGAGCGUUUAUCGUUGGAAAAGAAUCUGCAAACACUGCAAUCGAAUAUGGAACAAAUGCAAACAAAAAUAUCCGAACGUGAUGAUGAAUUCAAUCGCUGUCAAAACGAACUUGGUCAACAACGUAAACAUAUCCAAAGUCAACAAGAACAGACCAAUGUGUUGAAAGAAGAAUGUGAAAAUUUGAAAAAAUCAAACACUGAAAUCCAACAACGGUUACAGCGAAAUCGUGAAAGAUAUGACGAAAAUUUCAAUACAAUGAGACAAGUCGCACAUAAAUAUCAAGUUGCGAAAACUUUGAUUCCGACUCUGCAAAAUCAAAUUAAACUGCAAAAAGAAGUUGGUGAAAAAUUGACGAACGAAAUUGCUGUAUUGUUGGCCAAAGUAGAUUCGAACAAAAAAGAUUCAAUUAAAAAUGAAAAAGUCAAGGAAAUUUUGCGUUUAAUCAAUGAUAGGAUUUCUAAUCUAGCAAAAGACACAACGUUAUUGAUCGGAACUCAUUCCAAACAAGACCCUGUUAUUGAUGCUAAUGCUGGACCACGAGUUGCUGAAGGCAAAGAACAAAUGCCGCCACUACAAUCAACAUCGACGAAAUCUGCAUUCGAACCAAUGGAAUUGCCAUCAACAGAUGAUCGUCCAAAAACAACUAUUAAAUCAUUAAAUGUAUCAAACAAAGAGAAUAUUCUUUAGAUUUACACAUUAUUCAUUAUAAUAAUCUUUUUCAACAUAUAAAUUUUUUAAAUUUGAAAUAAACAGAUGGCAUUACUGUAGUGAUGU